UCACCUGUCUCUCACUUCUUUUUCUUCUCUUCUUCAUAUCUCAAUAGAGGCAUUUAGCCGCUCAGUAGACAUAGAGCUUGCUCUUGUAGCUUUUGUUUGCCUAAUCCCAACUUCAUAGAAGAAAACUUACUUUCAACGUCUCUACUAAAGACACUAGAAAUGCCUGCUGCUACCUCUACCGCUCCUACUAUUCCUUCUCCUGCCUCUCUCAAGGGCCCUGUUGACGGUCAAGUCGACGUGGCCGCCCUAUUUGUCGCUGACAAAGCUACCCGCGAUGCAGCUGCAAAGGUUCUGGCCUCGGCCGUUCAAAAUGACGGUCCUGCUGCCAUUGCCGCUGUCGGUUUCGUUGAAGCCGCAGUUAAGGCUCUUGCCGACAAAAAAUCUGCUGCCGCCCGUGAGGGUGCAGCUGAUGCUGUAGUAGCCCUUGCCAAGGCGGGCGCUACCAAGGCCCUUGAACCCACUUUCGUCGAUUCUGGUCUCUACGCAGCUCUCAUUGAGGGUUUUGCUGACAAAAUGCCUGCCCCCCGUAACGCAGCCGUUGAGGCAGUUCGGGAGUUUGUAGCCUCCAUGAACCCAUGGGCUACCGGUCUUCUUCUUCCCGCACUUCUUCACGAAAUUAAAACUGCCGGUAAAUGGCAAGUGAAGACCGGCUCGCUUAUUGUGCUGAACCAGCUCGUUGUAUCUGCACCCCUUCAAACCGCUCGCCUGAUGCCCGAUAUCGUCCCUAUUCUUGCUGAGGCUAUUUGGGAUACCAAGGCAGACGUGAAGAAGGCUGCGCGCGAUUCUCUUACAAAGGCUACUGCGUUGGUUUCGAACAAGGACAUUGAACGCUUUAUUCCGGCUCUUAUCAAGGCUCUCAUAAAUCCUGUCGAAGAGGUGCCAAAUACCGUUCAGCUCCUCUCGGCUACCACAUUCGUUUCCGAAGUAGACUCUGCUACUCUUUCCUUGAUGGUUCCCCUUUUGUCUCGUGGUCUCCUAGAGAAACUUACUGCUACGAAGCGUAAGGUUGCAGUUAUCGUCGACAAUAUGGCCAAGCUUGUGGACUCUCCUGUCACUGUCCGUCCAUUCUUGCCCAAGCUCCUCCCUGGCUUGAUCAAGGCUCGUGGCGUGGUUGGCAAAGCCAUUGCCACUCUCCGCCAAGUUGGUGAAGUCCCCGCUGAAAGCGAUGGUACCGACCUCCCCGCACUGAAGAAAGCAGGCGCUGCCACUCUCUCCACCACUGACGCUUCUGCCGUCUACGUCUCGCGCCUUGCUGCUAACCUUGUUAACGCCAAGAACUUUGACGUUCCCGAGUGGGACACACUCGCUUCUUACCUCGCAUUCCUUGCCCCCACUCCUGACCCUGUUUCCAUUGCAAGGGAAUGGGUCGUUCGCUCUGCCAGCGAGGACACUGAAGAUGAUACAGUCCCUGACGAUGAGGAAGAGGGUGAAGACCUAUGCAACUGCCAGUUCUCCCUUGCCUAUGGUGCAAAGAUUCUCUUGAACACCGCUACCCUCCGUCUCAAGCGUGGCCACCGCUACGGUCUCUGCGGUAAGAACGGCACAGGGAAGUCAACCCUUAUGCGUGCUAUCACCAACGGACAGGUCGAGGGUUUCCCCUCCCCUGAUGAAGUUCGCACCUUCUAUGUCGAGCACGACAUCGACGGCAGUGAGGCCGACACGUCGGUCCUUCAGUUCAUCCUUUCUGAUUCACGCAUUCUUGCUGGUGAGACUGAAGUUAUCGAGACCCUCGCUUCCGUCGGCUUCAGUGAUGAGCGUCAGAAGCACGCCAUCGGCAGUCUGUCCGGUGGAUGGAAGAUGAAGCUUGCCCUCGCCAGGGCUAUGCUUUUCAAAGCUGACAUCCUCCUCCUUGAUGAGCCUACCAAUCACUUGGAUGUUGUUAACGUCGCUUGGCUCGAGAACUACCUCGUCAGCCUGAAGACGUGUACCUCCAUCAUCGUCUCACACGACUCUAGCUUCCUCAACAACACAAUCACCGAUGUCCUCCACCUUAACCGCUUCAAGGUCAAGAGAUACCGCGGUAACCUUGAGGCUUUCGUUAAGGUCGUCCCUGAGGCGAAGUCUUACUACACCCUGGAGGCUGCUGAGGACUACAAAUUUAAGCUCCCAGACCCACCCUUGCUCGAGGGUGUCAAGACCAAGGAGAAGAGUUUGCUCAAGAUGCGCAAGGUUGGCUUCCAGUACCCCACGCAACCCGUCCAGCAACUUUACGACAUCAAUCUCCAAGUGUCUCUUUCGUCUCGCGUUGCUGUUCUUGGUCCCAACGGUUCGGGCAAGUCGACACUAGUUAAGCUCCUCAUUGGCGACAUGGAGCCCAACAAGGGUGGUGAAAUCUGGAAGCACCCCAAUUUGGUCAUCGGUUACGUUGCCCAGCACGCCUUCCACCAUAUUGACCACCAUCUCGACAAGACUCCUCUCGAAUACAUGCUCUGGCGUUACCAGACUGGUGAGGAUUUAGAAGAGAUGCAGAAGGCUAGCCGUCAAAUUACCGAUGCCGAGGCACAAAAGAUGAAGGACGGUUCUCUAUAUGUUCACGAGGACGGUUCCAAGAGGUUCAUCGAAGAGAUCGUCGCGCGCAAGAAAUUGAAGCAGUCCUACGAGUAUGAGGUUUCUUUCAAGAACAUGAGCUCUUCGGAGAACGUGUGGAUGCCUCGUGAUGAACUGAUUAAGCGUGGUUUCGAAAAGAAAGUUCUCGAAGUGGAUACUCGCGAAGCCCAGCGUCUUGGUCUCUUGCGCCCUCUCGUCCGUCGGGAGAUUGAGAAGCACUUUGCUGACUUCGGUCUUGAGCCUGAGUUUGUGUCGCAUAACACUAUGAGGGGUCUUUCUGGGGGUCAGAAAGUCAAAAUCGUUCUCGGUGCUGCUACAUGGCGGCGGCCUCACGUCAUCUGCUUGGACGAGCCGACUAACUACCUUGAUCGCGAGUCGCUUGCUGCGCUCAUCGAGGCCUUGAAGGUCUUCGAGGGUGGUGUGCUCGUUAUCACCCACAACAGGGACUUCUCUGAGUCCCUCUGUCACGAGGUGUGGGCCAUGCGCGAUGGCCACCUCGAGGCUUCCGGCCACAAUUGGGUCGAGGGCCAGGGUUCAGGCCCCCGUAUUGAUAAGAAGGAUGGCGAGGAGGAGGUUCAAUAUGAUGCCAUGGGCAACAAGAUCGACAACAAAAAGGCAAAGAAGCUGACGUCAGCUGAACAGCGCAAGCUCAAGAAGGAGCGCAUGGCUCGUAAGAAACGAGGUGAAGAAAUCACCGAUGAUGAGCUUUAAGCUACCUGCCGGUCAUGGUAUUGUUGAUAUGUUGUUGUAUGCUCCUCAUUAUGUAUUCGCAUUCAUGUCAUCUGUUGUGUUGUUACCCUCGGGCUGUUGUUUAUGUACCCUGUUCACUAUUUUCGUAUAAUGGAUUCAUGCAUUUCUGACUUUGAA